AUGGAGACCCAUUCUUUCAUUGAAGCUGCCCAUAAUGGGAAACCAGAAUUGGUUUCCUCAACAACAGCAACUAUGAUGGGACUUUCAUGUAAUGUUUGCUGUAAAUAUGAGAUGUUGUCACAGUCGUCCGCUUUUUUGAGUCGCCGCGUUCAAGUGGACCACAACAACAAUACUAGUAUUGAACAUCAAGUCAACAUCCCUCGCCGGCUGUCAGCCUGUCAUGAAAGUCGAAUCGUGAUUUUCAGAACCCACAUGGUCCUGAAGCUCGUGAUUCGUGAUUCCCUCCCCUGUGGUGUAAUUAUCAGAUGCCUGGGAGAGGAAACUCUUGCGCCGCGAUCGUCUGGCGACCUCUGUGGUUUCACGGAAGGCAGAAGUAAGCCGGACUUUCGCCCUCACUGGACUCCAUGUUUGUACAUGUAUCUGGUAGUGAUGCUAACUGGUGAAAAAGCUGUCCUGCUUGGUAACUUAGUGUUUUUGAUGGCAGGGAAAGUGACUAUCCAAGACGGACACAAUGAAGCUUUUGGUAUUUUGAGCCCUCGUCUACAAAUACAAUCAUUACUAAUUGAUAACAUUAAAGUGAACCAACUCUAUUGGCUCGAUCUCAAUACCACCUUUAACGUUGAAGGCGGUAUCUCCCCAAAUACUUUGCAUAACACAGAUAUUCCAAGUUCGGCGCCCCAUGAAUUUUCCGGGGGAGCAUUUUUGGCCGCUCAAAAUUCCAUAUACAUAUAUGCUGGCCUUGGGAGUUCAAACAGGUAUGAUUGGAUGUGGUCAUACAAUGCAGAAGAUGGGACAUGGAGUCGCGCAACAGUCGCCGGCGGCAAGCUAAAUCUGGGGAAACGGUUUGCCGGGCUCUCCGCCAUUGCGCCGGAAUCCAAUCUUUCUUUCUAUACCGGAGGCUGGGACAUGCCCAUCACGGGAACUUUGGUCUUCAACGCGACGGAUAGCGCAAACCUUCAAUGGACAAACGUGACUAAAGUGGAAGGAAAUGACGCGGUCGGAGAACCCCGGAUCGCUAAUGGUGGGAUGGAAUAUGUACGGCUAGGGAAGAAUGGAAUACUGGUUGCUUUUGGUGGUUAUGAUACAUCAAAAAAAGGAACAAAUACAACCGCAACGAGCCAAGAUUUGAGGGCAAUGGAUAAAAUCGGUGUUUAUGACAUUGACUCGAGUACCUGGUACGAAAUUGAGGCUACUGGCGAUAUCCCGAAGCCGCGAACUGCAUUUUGCACCGCUGUUUCUUCCGCGCCAGACGAUUCUUCGUUUCAAGUGCACAUGUAUGGCGGUCGCAGCCGUACCAUAGAGAAUGCAACCUCAUAUAAUGAUCUUUAUGUCCUGACUCUCCCAUCCUUUCGUUGGAUACGUGCCCCGACGACUGGCCUAGAACCGUGGAAAGAAGAUGGCGUUGGUCGCGACAGCCAUAAAUGUGUCACCUGGAAAGACGGAGAGAUGGUAGUAAUUGGGGGUACCACUCGGAAGGAUGACAAAGUGCAAAAGGGAUGCAGUAGAAAUUAUCCACCAAUUCGAGUGCUUGAUACCAGCAAAUUUCGAUGGGAAAAGCAAUUCGAACGCGAAACAACAUACUCUGUUCCUCGGGUGGUCUCUGAUGUGGUUGGUGGCGAUGGAACUGGUAAAGCUACAUUGAAGGACCCGGAGGGAGGAUGGCCUAAUAGUCAGCUUGAACAUAUAUUUUCUCAAACUGUAUCCAGGAAACCUGAGAUAACAGAGAAGCCGCUCCCGUCAGAACCAACCGGAACUUCUCAACCGACAACUCCCCCUUCAUCCAAGAAGUCCUCUAAUGCAGGUGCAAUUGCCGGUGGAGUUGUUGGUGGCGUUGGAGGAGUCGCCGUUAUCGCCGCGGCUAUUUUCUUUCUUAGAAGAAGCAAACGGAAGAAGAAUACGGGUGAUCGAUUCAAUGCCUCCCCAGCUGUUCCGACAGCUCCUUCGGUUUACUAUCCCGAGCCAGACUCGUCCCAGCCAGUCCUUACUGACAAGAAGGAUAGCCCAUACAUGCGCGUCGAACAACGCCCCAGAGAACUGUCAGCCCAAACAGAAGUACCAUCCCGGUAUGAGCUUGAGUCGCAAAGCGAAGGACGCCCUACUCCGGUAUUUGAACUAGACUCACCUAUGUCCCCUCCGCAGCCACGCAAAGAAUAAUUGAUUAUUCACCACUAUUGUCUUUCUUUUCAUUUUUUUCUUUUUGUAUAUAUUUCUCUUUCCUGGCGUGAAUCUCGCGACCGCCAAUUUUCGCAUUUUACAUACCCGCACUUCCAAAGUGCGCUAUUUCCUUUCACAACUUAUUUCCGUUUGUUCUGUUCCAUACAGGCGUUUUCAUCUGCAGGAAAGUCAGCAUUUUCAUGGUCAUCAAUAAUCAAAUCAAGGAUACCAUUUGUCCAACAUCGCCCUGAUGCGGAAAUAAUUUCAAAACCUCUUUCCACAGACCCCCUUGUUCACGGUGCUUUUGCUUAGACAUGUGAGAUCCAAAUAGUUUUUUAUUCAUCUUCCAGUGCCCUGUUGUGCAUUGACAAGGGUACAAGUACAAACACUACAAUUCGC